GGCUGCUGCACCUGCUAAUGUUACACCGCGAGCUUCGAAGGUCAAGUACGCAGGUGUAAACAUGGCCGGAUUUGAUUUCGGCUGCACCAUCGACGGCAGCUGUGCUUUAACAGGAACCAACAAGCCGUACAACUUCAUUAGCGGCGGUACAGGAAUUGCUCAGAUGAACCACUUUGUCAAGGACGACACUCUCAACGCUUUCCGCUUGCCUGUUGGAUGGCAGUUCUUGCUGAACAACCAGCUUGGUGGUAAACUGGACUCAAACAACGUCGGCCAAUAUGAUACUCUUGUGCAGGGUUGUUUGAACUCUGGUGCCCAACUGUGUAUCCUUGACCUCCACAACUACGCAAGAUGGAACGGCAAAAUCAUCGGCCAGGGCGGCCCAGCCGACGCGCAGUUGGCAGACGUGUGGACGCAACUUGCCAAGAAGUACGGCAGUCACUCCCAGAUUGCUUUUGGUGUCAUGAACGAGCCCCAUGAUAUCCCCGACAUUGAGCGCUGGGCCACCACCGUUCAGGCCGCCGUGACCGCAAUCCGUCAAGCAGGCGCCAAGAACAACCUUAUUCUUCUCCCAGGCCAGGGUUUCACUAGCGCAGAGACAUUCGUCUCUUCCGGUUCCGCCGCCGCGCUCAACAAAGUCAAGAACCCCGAUGGCUCAAAGACCAACCUCAUCAUGGACGUCCACAAGUACCUCGACAGCGACAACUCCGGCACCCACACCGAAUGCGUCAAGGACAGCGUCGACACUGCCUUCAAGCCUCUCGCUACCUGGCUGAGGCAAAACAAGCGCCAGGCCUUCCUGUCCGAGACUGGCGGUGGCAACACGGCUUCCUGCCAGAAGUUCCUGUGCUCAGAGCUUAAGUAUUUGAACUCCAACUCCGACGUUUACCUUGGCUAUACCGCCUGGGCGGCUGGUGGCUUCGAUGGCUCAUACGAACUCACUGAGACACCCACCCAGAGCGGCGGUCAGUGGAAGGAUACUUCCAUUGUGUCGUCUUGUGUUGUGGGUGCUUGGAAAGGCCAGUAGACGGCUUGAUUGCCAACAUCAAGGAUACUAGCUAGAUUA